AUCAAUAUGAUUGGUACACAUCUUGGAGAGCCUUUAGACACAUAUUAUAAGAUCAAAAACAAGAGUUGAGCUUAGAUUAGCAAAUCUUUUCAACAGUUUAAGCUUACACUUACCAAUUAGAUCUUUGAGAGAUCAUAUCUUUUGUAAUUUUUCUUUCUACCCUUUCUUUGUGAUCCUAGGAGUGAGUGAAGCUCCAAGAAGAGAUACUUGAAGUGGUGCUGUGGGAGGUGCUAAGCAGAGUACAAAUCAUGGAAGAUCGCGAAGAUUGCUGGAAAUGGAUGCAUGAUGCAGAAGGGAGAUACGUAGUGAAGAAGGCUUAUGAGUUUCUGUCACCAAUGGAGUCCAUUCUUCCUGAUCAAAUCUUGAUUUCUUGGUGGGGCAUGCAGGUUGUGAUGCCUAAUACAGUGGGAGGGGUGAUGGAGUUUUUCUUAUAUGAGUUGGGAGGUCUGGUAGGGAGGGAGCUAGGGGCUUGCCUUUUCCUGGUUGGGUCUUGGUAUAUUUGGUAUUGGAGGAACAUUAGAGUUUUCCAGAACAAAGGGGAGUGUAGGGACGGUUUGCUCCGUAUGAUUCAGUCCAAAACGUUUUUGUGGAUCAAAAAUAAGGUGGCUGGAAGUGUUUUCUCGUUAUAUGACUGGCAAUUUCAUCCACUGGAAUGUGCUGCUGCCAUAAGGAAGAAUAGAAGCCUGCUGAGGGAGUUCCGUCAACCCCCCAACAACCUACCACCUCUGAUCCCACCUCAAAUUCCAACUCAACUCCCACCUCAGCUUCCACCUCAGGUCCCAAUUAUGUUCCCUCCUGGUGAUCAUGCAGAAGGAGGAGAUGAAAAUCAACCUCACGCCUCAGCUCACAACUCAAUUUCCACUGCCAACCAAGACGUGGUUACAGCUCAGCUUGCUGCCAUGCAGCAGCAAUUUGGUGUUUUUCAGUUGGUACUAGCUCAGCUUCUAGCUAGAAAUAAUCCUAGUGAUCCUCUCAUUAAUUUACUAAACCCUGCUCAACAACCCCCAGCUCCACAACAAAACCCCCAACCGGUUCAACCCGCUCCCGCUAUUAGUGAAUCCCAAGCUCAAUCCCACAUUGCACCCGCUCAACAACCCAUCCCUGCUGAUGUUACUCGCCGCCUUGAUAGCCUGGAGAAGCUAGUAGCCAAACACCGAGGUGCUCCACCCCCACAACAUGUUACUAAUUCCAUACCUCACCCCCUGAAUACCAACAUCACAUUGGAACCCUAUCCUACUGGUUUCAAAAUACCACAGUUGGAGACUUAUGAUGGGACGAAGGAUCCCGAUGACCACCUGCACGCCUUUUACUCUUGCAUGCAAGCUCAGAACGCCUCUGAUGCGUUAAUGUGCAAAAUUUUCCCCUCUACUCUGCGAGGUAAUGCUCGAACUUGGUAUUAUAGUUUACCUCUGAGGUCGAUCAGCUCUUAUACAGAAAUGGCAUCUGCCUUUGCCACUAAGUUUUCCAGUAGAAGGUUGAUUAGGAAAACUACUUCUGAGUUGAUGAGAGUUAAACAGAGGGAUGGAGAAUCUCUGAAGAACUACAUGAGCAGGUUUAAUGAUGCAGUUUUGGAAGUUAGUUCUUUUGAUCAAGCUAUGGGAAUCGCAGCUGUGAUCACUGGUCUCAAGCAUGACAGAUUCAGAGACAGUUUGAUCAAACAUGCUGCCACCACUUUUAGCGAGGUGAAUGAUCGAUCUCUUAAAUUCAUAACUGCUGAGGAAUACGCCCUGGCGCAAAAUCCACCUUCCUCUAAGAACCAGAACCCAGAAUGGAGGGAUGACAACCCGAGCCGGAAAAGGAUGAGAAUGGCGCAGAACCGAGGUUCGGUGUUGACCUCCCCACCGAGAUUCGGAAGGCCGAACUCAACACCCCAGCAAUAAUCUGCAGGUAAACCUCCAGUUAAUUGGACUCCAUUUAAUAUGCCGAGGUCUCAAAUUUUUAUGCAGAUCAAAAAUAAGAUGGACUUGAGACG